AUGCUGUCGGGUGACGCCGUCCCCGUGCUGGAAGGCUACUUUGCCACCGCCUGGAGGCCUACACCACCACGCCGGCCACCUUUGCCGCUGCCCAGUGAUGUCACCCCUGUGCUGGACGGCUACUACGUCACUGCCCGGUGGCUUGCACCUCCACGCUGGCCACCUACACCGCCGCCGGGUGACGUCAUCUUGGCGCAGGGCAGCUACUUCGUCACUGCCUGGAGGCCUAUACCACCAUGCUGGCUACCUUCACCGCCACCGGGUGAUGUCGUCCCCAUGCUGGACAGCUACUUCGUCGCCGCCCGGUGGCUUGCACCUCCACGCCGGCCACCUACGCCGCCGUCGGAUGACGUCGUCUAUGUGCAGGACGGCUACUUCAUCGCCUCCUGGAGGCUCGCACCUCCACGACGGCCACCUACACCGCUGUCGGGUGACGCCGUCCCCAUGCUAGACGGCUACUUCGUCACCGCCUAG